CUUCCCAGCGUUCCUUGGGGAUGCUGCGCUCCGUUGUUUUCCCAGCUUAGACGCGGCUAGUUCAAGUUGCCAUAGCAGAAUGAAGCAAGGAGACUCCUCUGUUACUUAUCAGUGCUGAAAAAAAGUCGACCGGUGCCGUCGUUACAGUACUUUUCUAGCAUUGUUAAUUUACCUCAUUAGUUUUUAUCUAGUCGUUUUAACGUUUUAUCCUAGGGUUGAAUUUGUAGGCGAACGUUUGGUUAGCUAGGUGGCUAACGUUCUCUGUAGUUUCCACUUGUUGCUAACCAGUCGGAGCAUCCUUCGCAACAAUGAGCUGGACUGCGGUUUACGGGCUCAAGCGCAGUUUCAGCCGUCGUAACUUAGUCAGAUAGCGCUGUGUCUUGGCUUAAAACUAAAAUGACAAAGCGUCAGUGUAGUUUUCCGACGUCAUGUUUAUGUUCAGUAAAAAAAAAAGUUCCCAACUAUCCCACCCUGCUGAUUAACGUUAGAGCGAACAGUUAGCGUUUCUAGUUGUGGCCGCUGCUCGUCGCUUUCCGCAGUCCGCUGGAUAUGUCUCAAGCCAUGGACACGUCCAGCGAGUCAGAGUCGUACGGAAGGAAGGUGCGGGGACACAGGGCGAGGGGGCGUGAGACCCACCGCAGGUCCGGACGGGACAGAGGACUUGUCAGCGGGGGCAGAGAAGACGGGCGAGCCGCGGAGAUCUCUGACAAAAUCAGCACCCUUGCCAACACCUUGCAGGACACAAGUAGGAACCUGACCAAAGUUGACAAAAUGUUGGGUCAAUACAGGGAUCACGCAGAUGAUCAAGCUGAAGCCAUGACACUGCUCAGGGAGAGCCUGGAGGAUUCAAUCAAUCAGCUGCAGACACGGAGGCUGAGCAGGACCAACGGCGUCCGCAGUUCCUCCGUCUCCCCCCUCCACAACAGUGACCUUGAGACCUACUCAGGGUCAGAGGAGAAGCGCUUCUAUCCCACCUCCCCGCUCAAGGAUUACGGCGGCGGCCCCAAAGGCAGGAGGAGGUCUCAGUCCGCUGGCGUUCGCUUCAGGGAUUCCGCCCAGGCUGCAGACGACAUUCAUUCGGUGCACCAGACCCUGCGGAACCUGUGUUCCGACCAGCAGAGGCUGUCUGAUGACCUGGAUAGAGAAAUCCUUCGGAGGAACAGGUCGGACAUCGACACCAGGCGGGCGAUGGAGAACCUGUCGGAACACGUGACGGUUUCCCAGAGGCACGACUCGGUGUCAUCCCGCGUGGAGCGACGUCUGCAGGAGCUGGAGAGAGAGAUGAACGCCGAGAGAGAGAGGAGGGCGGAGUGGCGGGCGGCCGGGGACGAAGACCAGCGGGAGAAUUUAGAGAGGUGCCAAGUUCGACCCGAUGAGAAAGAGGACGCCUUGACGGCGAGACUUUUACAAGCAGAGAGCGAGAAGUCCAAGAUGGAGCAGGAGCUGGGCAGAGCCAGGAGGUUACUGGAGCAGUCGGAGGACAGCAGGCAGUCCCUCGUUCAGCAGGUAGAAAACAUGCGUGGCGAGCUGCUGAGGACGAGGGCGGAGAAGACGACAACAGAGACGUCUCAGCUCGGCGCCCAGCUGUGUUCCGGCCACUCCGAGCGAGAAGGAGGAAGAGAUUACAGUGAGCUGGAAAAAGAGGUGGCUGAGCUGCGGGCACAGCUCCAGAAGGCCUCGGUCCGGAGCGAGGUGGAAGAGCUGAGGAGGGCCCUGGAGAGUAAGGAGAGAGAGAAUCUGCGACUCAGUUUACAGGUCAAGGAGUUCUCCUCUGACAUGGAGGGGCGGGAAAAGCAGCAUCUGCGAAUUCUGGACCAGCUGAAAAGCAUGCAGAGCCACGGGCAGAGAGAGAGGAGGGAGAUGGAGGCCUUGGUGCUGGAGAGCACGAGGAGCAAAAACGAGCUGAAGACCAGGGCCCAAGAAGCGGUGCGCCAGUGGAGAGCAAAGUGCAGGAGGCUGCAGAAGGAGCUGGAGGAUGUUGAGGUUCAAGGUCGACUCCAUGAAGAGAAGAUCCUGCAGGUCUCCAGGGAGAACGAGCGCUCCCAGGCCCAGCUGACGGCGCUGAGCCAGCAGGCCGAGGCGUCCUGCAGGGAGCUGGGCGAGGCCCUCAGCCGUUUGGCCCAGCGCGAGCAGGAGCUCCACCGUAAGGGCGUGGAGCUGUCGGAGGCCCACCAGAGGCAACUGGCGCUGCAGCAGGAGAUCCGAGAGGUGAAGGAGGCCUCGGCCACCUUGCAGGAGGAGUCUCAGCAUCAGACCUCCACCAUUGCCAGACUGAGAGAAGAGAACCACAUACUGGAGGAACAAGCUGAGGUUCAAGCCCGCCUCCUCCAGAGGGACCAGGAGGCUAAGGCAGAGCUCCACACCACCUUAAAGCAGAUGACCGCUGCACACGCCCAGCUGUCCCUGCGACUGGCCGAGGAGGAGAACGCCCGGAAGGACUUGCAGAGGGCCACAGCGGAGCUGCAGUCCAAGCUGACGCUGCUACAGGAGGAGCGCGCCACUCUGAGCCAGCAGCUGCAGCUGGAGAGAGAGGUCCAUCAGAAGGAACUGAACAACAUGGCAGCGACAGUCAAAGACGAGCGGACCAGGAAGGAUCGGGAAGUGCAGGAAAUGCUCAGACUCUGCCGACAGGAAAAUAAUGAACUGAGUACACAUCUAAGAGAAGUUAAGGCGAACGCAGCGUCAGACAAGGAGGUGCGCGUGGCGCUGCACAUCAAGUUGGACAGGAUGAAGGAUGAGUGUGAUAAGCUGGUGGCGCAGCUGCACACUAAAAACAACGCACAUUCUCUUCUGCAAAGAAAAUACCAGCAACUCAAGCAGGAACUGAAAGACAAAGUGAGCGAUGAUGAGCAGAGACGGGUUUCCGAGCCUGAGCUUUUGAGGCUGGAGAAGAAGAUUGUGACGAUGGAAGCAGACCGAGAAACGGUCCUCACUUCUCUCGGGGAGGAACUGGAUGCAGUCUGCCGGAGCCUGGCGAGGAACGGACAAGAGAAACUGCAGGCGAUCUCCCAGAGACCCGAAUUAGUGAAGGAUCCGCAUCUUUGGCUUGCUGAGACAAAGACCAAGCUGCGCUGGCUGAGCGAGGAAGUGCGAGAGCGCGACGUGAAGGAGCGGCGCCUGAGGAAGCAGCACCAGCAGACCAGAGACGAGCUGAAAGCUCUCAAGCAGAGCCGCGACUCGGAGCAGGAAACCCUCCUGCAGCGUAUGGACCAGCAGGAGAAGCUGCUGCGCUCCCUCAGCACGGAGAAGAAAGAGCUGCUGGAGAGGAGUCGCACGAAAGAGGAAGAAAUGAGAAGCCUUCAGGAUCGUGUGUUGGACCUGGAGAUGCACACGAGAAUAGCACUGGAGCGCUUGGAGUCGGUUCCAGAAAAACAAUGUCUGCUAGACGACUUCAAAGAUUUGGAGGAAUCACGGCAGCAGAUGGCGUUUGUAGAGCAGCGCUGUGGUAGAUACAGAGAGAUCGUCCAGGACCUGCAGGACCAGCUGGACGAGUCCAAACGCAGAAUCCAAGAAUACAGAGAAGAGAAGUUGGAUGCCACCUCCACGAGUCUGAGACUGGCUGCUCUUUCUUCUUCCAUCAAAGGGCCCAGCACAUUCCUGAGUGGCACAGUGAGGCCUGACUGUCUCUCUCUGACCACCACAGACCUGGAUGACGCCCACGCCAAGGGGUCUCGACCGCUCAUGCAUUAGUUCAGGGAUGAGCGAACCUUUACUCAGAUCUCUACAAACCUCAGCAUCUCUUGCCGCCUGGUUGUCACCCACAACCCGCUCCGCUGUGGUAAGGGGUCCCCGGUUCAACGCUAACGGCUUGUCUUUUCGCUGCGACGGAAGCACAACUGUGAAGACUUUUGAUGUCAUUUAAAAGAACCUGUAUUUAAAAUAUUUAUAACGCUUGAGACCAAAAUAUAUUUUACUGUUACAAGUGUCGCUACCGUCUUCUGUCAUCAUGCCAAUGUGUUUGUGCUAAAGCUUUCGAGCGACCAACAAAACUCUGGUGCCUUUUCAACAAGCUGCAGUUGUUUUUCCUAACUUCUAGUACUGUGUUCAUCAUGAAAUGUUUGACCGUCUCUUAAUUUUUGUGUGAUGCAGUAUAUAUUUGUUAAGGAAACGAGCACAGAUGUCUGGUUUUAUGAAUUGUUCCACAAGUGCACUGCGAAUUGAGUUCGCAGUUUCUAAUAUGUACUUUUUAAAAUAUCUUUGCUUUUGAAUGUUCCCUGUUUUUAACUCCAAAACCUUAAAUUUAUCAAAUAAAAUUUAUAUUUUAAGAAUU